AACUCGAUCGUUAACAUUGUUUUAAUAACUUCAAUACUGGACUUCAAAUAAAUUAUUAUGGAAAAUUAAAGCUUUGUGGAUAAAUGAACUUACUUUUCGUGUAACCUUGGUGUAACAAUUUUUCGUCGGUCGUCCCAAAUGUUGUAAUUUUUAUUGAACUUAUCGUUAUCAACUAACCUUUUUUCAUCUGAUUACAUGGACUCUUUUUUUUCAACAAAACAACUAGGGGGUAGGAACACAAGCGCUUGAGACCAAUUCGUACGAAUAUUCGUGAAUUCUUGUGAUUGUGUAUACGAGACAUUCGCAGCGCAGUGAGUUUACAACAACAAUAACAAAGCCACGAACGCAUGAAUAUAUGCGGAUACAUACGAAUGACACAACUUGUUCCUAGCCCCAAGCAAAACAACUUAUCGAUAAUUUCAUUUGAAAAUAACACCACUCGAAGAAUUUCGUACACAAAAUCCCCAUCAGAAGAGUGGAAUGAGCCAUUUUUACGAUUUAUGAAGCCUCAGAGUUUAGAUGUGGCGUCAGUUUUGCUCGCUGAUAUACCAAAAACCAUGGAAAUGACUCCGAUUUCUAAAGAAGAUUUUUCAAUCCCAACUAGAUAAAUGACUUAUUAGUGUUCCGGUACUAUACAAUUGCGUUGAAGGUGCUCAUGUUUAGCUAAGAUAUUUCUUUUCAUCGAAAAUUUUACCUGGGAAGGGAUAAAUUAUAUGUUUUGAUUUACAUCGAUUUCAUUCACCUUUGUUGAUAUUCGUAUCAUUCAAAAGGUCAGACUGUUUAUUGUGAUAAUUACAGAAUAAUUUGACAGUUAUAACCUAACCUUUUUUCUUCUCUAUCGAAUUGGGAUGAUAACUGUUAAUUUAUGGAAAUGAUAAGUCAACUCCCUAAAAAAUGUUUUUGAUGAUUUCAGAGAUAUCGAAUCAAUAUUAUUGAUGCGAUAACAAAAUUUGUUACUUCUUUGGUCACUUGAAUAUAUUGACGUACUUUCAUUUGUCUCGCAUUUAGUAUACCUCUUCCUCUCAUUGAUUAUAUAAAAGUCGAACAGUUGCUCAAUCAGAUCAGUAUAUUUUAAAUUAUUGAGUGAUUAAUUGGUUGAAAAGUGAAGAAGUAAAAAUGGUGGCACAGGCAAAGCCCUCGCUCAUAACAAAUGUUCCACCGUCGUUUUAUGUUAAAACUGGCAGAGAAACGAAAGUAUGGUUGGAUGCGAAACGUAAUGAUGACAAUGUGGAAGGUGGCUUGUGGCGUAUUCACAAUACGCUCUAUGACUUGAAUGAUUUUAUUGGCAAGCACCCCGGAGGACCGUCUUGGUUAGAAAUGACCAAAGGACAUGAUGUUACCGAAGCCUUUAUGACUCAUCACAUGAGAAUGGACGUGGUCGAACCGCAUAUGAUGAAAUAUCGUGUCAAGGAGACAAAUCGACCACGUAAUGUGAAGCUCACAUUCGCUGAAGAUGGAUUUUAUAUGUCGUUGAAGCGGAAAGUGGUGGCAAAACUGCCGGAAAUCAAUAAGAAAACAAAAAUUUGGUCAGAGUUUUACAUCGAUGGCCUUUUUGUGUUAACACUCAUAACAGCUAUUCUAGCUCAACGAUUUCAAAGCAUCACAAUGGCAAUUCUGUGUGGUUUAUUCUUAACAUGGACUGGAAUUUGUGGCCAUAACUAUUUGCAUCGCCGCGAUAAUUAUCGAAUGUUUUACUUUAAUAUCAUAUUCCAGAGUUUUCGUGAUUGGCGCAUCAGUCAUGCGCUAUCACAUCAUUUGUACCCCAAUUCACUGCUCGACAUUGAGCUCAUAUCAUAUGAACCAUUUUUGGUUUGGGUACCUAGUGUGGAGGCUAAGAACUGGAUUCAACGGUACGCCGCUUAUGCCUAUUCACCAAUCUUCUACUGUUGCUUCUAUUUCUUUGAGUUUGGACGAAAGAUAUUUUUCUCGAUUGUUCGGGGCUAUAAAAUGCACAUUGACGAAUUUAUGCCCUUCAUUAUUCCCAUCACGAUGUACCUCUUCGGAGGAAAUCACACAUUUGUUGAAGCAUUGAAAAUGUUUUUGAUUGUCAUUAUGUCCGGCGGUUUCAUAUUUUCAAUCAUCGGCAUAAAUGCUGGUCAUCAUCAUCCAGAAGUCGUUCAUGAUGGAGAUCCCGUGCACAAAUCCUAUGACUGGGGACUCUACUCUGUCGACACAGUUAUGGAACGGAAGGAGCUACGUCGUGGCAAUACUCUUCUAGCCUUGGCCAAUUUUGGAGACCAUGCCUUACAUCACCUCUUUCCUACGCUCGAUCACGGCAUUUUACAUGAAUUAUACGAUGAUUUCUUUGAAACUUUACUACAAUUUGAAGCAGAGUGCCAAUGCUAUCCAUGGUUCUUUGAGACAAUUAAAGGACAAUUCAAACAACUCUCAAGGACUGAACCAAUGAAACUAGAUUCGCACGAGAGAUACCUCUUGAAGUAUAGCAAACCAUCGAAAUCAGAGUGAUAAACAUUUUCAAUAUUUUUGGAUUGGGUUUUUAAUUCAACAAAUAAAUUCGUUAUGAUGAUAGAUACGUUUAAGAAUAAUAAAACGAAAGAGCUGAUGUCAAAGGGUGUGAAAAUUUGCUUGAAUUUAAAAAAAAAUGUUCACAAUAAUUUUCAAUGCGAUUAUUGAAAUAAGUAUUCCUAAUUUCAGCAUUUAUUCGAUCCAAUGGAAAUAAAUUUACAGCCACCACCAGCAUGUUGCAGAUGAUUUGGAUCAUAAAGUGUGGGCUUAAAACAUUUUCCGUCUUCAUAAACCAAUUUUAACAUCGUGAAGAUGGAAUUAGAAUGGAAAAAACAAAAGAAUUUAAUGAUUUAAUUGAUAA